UUUCUCUCCAAACAACUCUGUUCUGAAUUAUCCCCAACCUCUCUCCGAUCUCAAAAAAGCCAAACAUAUCACAAAAACAAAACAAAACCCAUUUCUCUUUCUCCUUCAAAAAUCACGGCACGAAAUCAAAAUACUCUGAAAAUCCAUUAAUUAUGCCUCCAAGAAAGCUUCUUGUUUUCUCCAUCAUCUUUUUCUUUUUUCACUCCUCUGCUCACAAUGUCAGCUUUGACUUCCCUUCCUUCAGCCUCAGAAACUUCACUCUCCUCGGCGACUCGUACCUCCGAAACGGCGUAUUAGGCCUCACCCGAGAGCUCGGCGUGCCGUCCUCCAGCGCCGGGACCGUCAUCUACAACAACCCCGUCAGAUUCCACGACCCUGAAACCAACUCCACGGCAUCUUUCUCCACAAAAUUCUCCUUCUCCAUCACCAACAUCAACCCGGACUCCUCCGGCGACGGCCUCUCCUUCUUCCUCUCGCCGGAGAAUCGCACGCUCGGUAGCCCCGGAGGUUACCUGGGCCUCGUCAAUUCCUCCCAACUGACGCAAAACAAGUUCGUCGCAAUCGAAUUCGACACUCGAAUGGACCCGCAUUUCGAGGACCCGAACGACAACCAUGUCGGGCUCGAUGUCGAGAGCCUAAUUUCGAUCAAGACCGGGGAUGUGAUGCUCCAGGAGAUUAGUCUCAAGAGUGGGAAUGCCAUAACUGCUUGGAUUGAUUACAAGAAGGAUCAAGAAAAGCUUAAGAUCUUCCUUAGUUACUCGAAUCUUAAGCCCGAUAAUCCGGUUUUAAGCGUGGACAUUGAUCUCUCCAAGUACUUGAAGGAGAAUAUGUAUUUGGGGUUUUCAGCUUCCACUGAAGGAAGUACUGAGCUUCAUUUGAUUGAGAAUUGGAGUUUCUCUACAUAUGGGUUUUUGAAAUUAAGGUCAAGAUUGAAUCCUCACAAUGUGUCGGACAACACGGUGAUGAUGACACCGAUGAUUCCGGCGAGGAAUUCUUCGAGUAAUGAUCACAAAAGGCUCGGUUUGGGGCUCGGGAUUGCUGGUCCAGCCUUCUUUUUGGUUGUCCUUGUGGUGUUUGGUUAUGUGUCUUUGAGAAAAUGGAAGAGUUUUAAGACUCAAAAGAGCUUCAAAAGUGAUGUUUUGGCAGGUCCUAGAGAGUUCACUUAUAGAGAGCUGAAGUUGGCCACAAAAGGGUUUCAUUCUAGUAGGAUCAUAGGGCAUGGAGCCUUUGGGACAGUGUACAAAGCCUUCUUUGAUGGCUCGGGGACCAUAGCCGCGGUGAAGAGGUCGAGGCAUUCCCACGAGGGGAAAAUUGAGUUCUUGGCCGAGCUCUCGAUUAUCGCUUGCUUGAGGCAUAAGAAUCUGGCUCAGCUCCAAGGGUGGUGUGUUGAGAAAGGUGAAUUGCUUCUUGUCUAUGAUUACAUGCCCAAUGGCAGCCUUGACAAGUUGCUUUACCAAGAACAACAACAGCCCGGGAAAGGCGAAAACGUGUUGAGUUGGUCUCAUAGGCACAACAUCGCAGUUGGGCUGGCUUCUGUUUUGACAUAUCUUCACCAAGAGUGUGAGCAACAGGUCAUCCAUAGGGACAUAAAGACAGGAAAUGUGUUGCUUGAUGGGAAUUUCAAUCCAAGGUUGGGAGAUUUCGGGUUAGCGAAGCUUAUGGACCACGACAAGAGCCCGGUUUCUACUCUAACCGCCGGGACAAUGGGCUACCUCGCACCCGAGUAUCUUCAAUAUGGGAAGGCCACUGAGAAGACGGAUGUUUUCAGUUAUGGUGUUGUGAUCCUUGAAGUGGCUUGUGGGAGGAGGCCGAUAGAGCGAGAGACGGGCGGUCAGAAGAUGGUGAAUUUGGUGGAUUGGGUUUGGGGUUGGCACUCCGAAGGGAAGAUCAUUGAGGCUGCUGACAAGAGGCUAGUUGGGGAGUUUAGGGAGGAGGAGAUGAGGAAGCUGUUGCUUGUGGGGCUGAGCUGCGCCAACCCUGAUAGCGCGGAGAGGCCCUCGAUGAGGAGGGUGUUGCAGAUAUUGAACAACGAGGCCGAACCAGUCGCGGUACCAAGGCUCAAGCCUAGCAUCACUUUCUCUUGUGGCUUGCCUCUCACCUUGGAUGACAUUGUUUCUGAUGAUGAUGAUGAGUAUGAGAUUAAGAUUACCUCUGUUUGAUUUUUUUUCUUUUCAAGGCCUUCUUUAUAUA